GAGGGGCGUCUUCCAGGAGGGAAGAGCCCGGCCGCCGAGCCUCCCUGAGGAGAAGUUUGGACUCCGUCGCUUUCUUCUCCUCCUUUUUUUUUUUUUCCUUCCCCUCGUCUUUUUCUUCCUUUCUUCUCGUCCUCCCCCGCCACCGAGGAGGUCAAGCGUCCUUCGCUUCCUCCUCUCUGAGCGCAGGCAGGGGCUAAGCCGAGCGAAGGUGUAUUGGGACGCGGAAAGGAGACCACCAGGAGAUGCCCGUCUUGGUUGGCAAUGCACGUUUUCUGAGAGCGGCCACACUCCAGGAGAGGCACACCUCUUUCCCUGACUGUUGUGACGAAUCCCCGGAGGCGUAACCACACAAGUGGACUCAAGACUCUUCCAUGGAUCUCGGGGAAAGGAGAUUCGGACCCACCUUCCAGAUCUCCGCCAAUCAGAAGCCUUCCCGCCGUCACCGCCUCUCCAGGUUUCCUAGUCCCGGGCCGAGGGGGCGUGGCUUGCGGUGGGCGCUCAGCCAACCAGCUGCCUCCCCCUCUUCAUCGCGCCCCCGCCCUGCCCGCGGCGGCUGGGCAUUUUAAGGGUGCGCGGAGCGCGGAGUUGGCUCGGAUGCUUCGGCGCCAGAACGGGUAGCUCCCGCAGCUGUUGCGCGUCAGGCCAACUCCAGGCUCAUCCUCACGUCCCCCUCGGGCUUUCUCUGCAGAAAAAGUGAGCUGACACGGGACUCUCCUCUCGCUCGCGCCCGUUCACACGUUCGCCUCCUCCAUGCAAUAGAUCGGUCCCCGCGUCUGGCCGCUAUGCUGCUGCCCAUCUUGGCCGGCCUCGUCUUCUCGGCUUGGGGGGCGCCGGCGGGCGCGCAAGACACCCCAGCGGGCAGCCGCUUCGUGUGCACCUCGCUCCCGCUCGACGCCGCCAACCCGGGUUGCCCGCUGCCCUCGGGGGCCCUGGCAGGGGGCGGGCUGCCCCCCGAGGAGGAGCUGAAGGCCACCCUGCUGCAGCUGCGGGAAACCAUCUUGCAGCAGAAGGAGACCAUCGGGAACCAGCGGGAGACCAUCCGCGAGCUGAGCGGCAAGCUGGGCCGGUGCGAGAGUUCCGACGGCAAAGGCGGCACGUGGAGGAAAGAGUCGGGGAAGAGCAAGGACACCAUGGGGGACUUGCCGCGCGACCCCGGCAAGAUCGUCGACCAGCUCACCCGCACCAUGCAAGCCCUCAAGGAUCGUUUGGAGAAUCUGGAGCACCAGCUUCGAGGCAAUGUGACCGUUGGAGCCUUGCCCAAUGACCUUAGAGAGAUGCUUCAGGGGCGGCUCGGAGAACUGGAGCGCCAGCUGCUAAGCAAAGUGUCGGAGCUGGAGAAUCAGAAAUGGUUGCUUCAUAACGAAACCUCCAGCCACCGGCAGAGGACGGAGGCAGCCCUGAACGCUCUCCUAGAAAGGGUGUCUGAAUUGGAACGAGGUACCAGUGCCUUUAAAGCACCGGAUGAAUUUAAGGUCUCCCUCCCUCUCCGCACCAACUACUUGUACGGGAAGAUCAAGAAGACGCUUCCCGAACUCUACGCCUUCACCGUCUGCUUAUGGCUGAAAUCUGGCGCCUCCCCCGGAAUUGGGACACCUUUCUCUUACGCCGUCCCAGGGCAAACCAACGAAGUAGUGUUGAUCGAAUGGGGGAACAACCCCAUUGAACUCCUGAUCAAUGACAAGGUCGCUCAGCUUCCCCUCUUCGUCAGCGAUGGAAAAUGGCACCACAUUUGCAUCACCUGGACCACCAGAGACGGGAUGUGGGAGGCUUUUCAGGACGGAGAGAAAUUGGGUACUGGAGAAAAUUUAGCCCCUUGGCAUCCUAUUAAACCUGGAGGGGUUUUGAUCCUUGGGCAGGAACAGGACACCGUUGGAGGCAGGUUUGACGCCACCCAAGCUUUCGUUGGAGAAAUGAGCCAGUUCAACAUCUGGGACAGAGUCUUAAAGCCGGAUGAUAUUAUGAAGAUUGCGAAUUGUUCCAUCAACAUGCCCGGCAACAUCAUUCCGUGGGUCGACAAUAACGUGGAUGUGUUUGGCGGUGCCACCAAGUGGCCCGUGGAGAGCUGUGAAGAACGUCUGCUUGAUUUAUAGCCAUGGGCAUUUGCUGUCCAAGUGCCCUGUUUUUAUUAAGACAAUCUUUGAUGCUCUGAGAUCCCUCUCCAUUUCCCUCAUAGUGUAAUCAUAUUAAUUAUGAUUUUAUUUUUUAAACCCUGCUUAGUAAGCUGCCCCUCCCCCAAUGCACAAUGUACAGUUUCACCCCUAGGGUGUGGUUCUCCAGGGAUGUCCACAAAAGUCCUCUGGGAACGGAUGGGGAAUUGCCACAAGUUUGAGAUCUUCUAAAAAUGGCUGAAUUGCCACAUCCGGUAUGCAGGACCCAGCUCUGGUGAUUUAUAAUGUUCUAAAAGGCUUAAGCCAGGAUUAGAACAAAGACAUUUUGGCCUGCUCCUCAAAGUGUGGCCAGAAGAAGUCCUGUUCCACAGGUAGCCCUGGCCAGUGAGGUUCCUGCGAUGGCCACAUGGGCAGGGGAAUUCUGGGAAAUAACAUUCACAGACGUGGAGAGGAUCUAAUUUUGGAGGGAGUGGAUUACUAGCUGAAUCUCAUAGCAACUGACAAACAUAAAAUGCCCCUUUCUGUAGAUUUUGUGAGUCCAUAGAUCCUUAAAGGGAUGGUUCACUUGUUACCUUUAUUUCAUUUUAGGUUGGCUUUCCCCCUAAUCUUUUAUCCCUCCUUUAAAAGUUCAUCUUUUAAAGGACAAUGAAUCUAGAAGGACUUGCUUAGAGUUAUAUCCAACGGUCAGCAACCAGAACUUUUCUUGAUAAACCUGGCGAAGACCUGUGGUCAGUUGCGGGGGAACUGUUGUUAAAGCCAUAUUACUUCACUCCUCCUCCACUGUAGCUGUGUUAUUGCAAUGAUCCCCCUACUUCUACACGCAGGCUUAUGACUACAGUCAGGAUCACAGUUAACUGUUGCUAAGCCAGGCAGUGGUUCAAUCGGCCGUGCUCGAUUUUACAACCUUUUUUAUCACGUCGUUAAGAGAAUCACAUGGAGCCCUGCUUCCCUCCAUUGAUGUUGCUGGUCAGAAGCUGUCAGGAAGGUUGCAAAUGGGGAUUGCAUGAUUCCCCGGAAUGCCACAACCGUCACAGGUACAUGCCAGUUGCCAAGCCUCUGAAUUUUGAUCAGGUGACCCCAGGGAUGAAUUUUGAUCAGAUGACCCCAGUCGUAAGUGCAAGGACCAGCCAUAUGUUUCUUUUUUCAGUGCUGCUAUAACUUUGAACAGUCGCUAAACGAACGGUUGUAAGUUGAGAACUACCUGUAGCUUCCUGUGAAUCAGGGGUUUCCAACCUUGUCAACUUUUAAGACUUGCAGACUUCAACUCCCAGGAUUCCCCAGCUGUUAUGAAUAUCCUGUUAUUAAAUCUGAUCCGGAAGGGAGCACGAUUGUCACACACACCCCUCCUCCAACUCUCAGGACUGCAAACAUAAAUUGCCUGAUCUGUUUUGUUUUUGUCUCUGUGAUUCAACCCAACGACAAGACACCCCCCUGUGCUGUUUUUCAUUUGUUGGAAGUGUUAGACUGUAAUGGAAAGAAAUCUAAUUUGUUUACCAAUGUGCAGUGUCAUGUCAGAGGCGCUGCUGGGAGUACAACUCGGCUGUCCUUUUAAAAAACUGCACUUUCAUUUUUGUAUUCUCUAAAGCAAACAAAUACCCACCCUUGACAACUGCAGAGUAGAAAAAAAAUGUGCAAAAACACAUGGAUUUAA